AUGUUCUCUUGUACACGUUGUGGGAAUAAAGUGUCUGAUGGACCUUUAUGUAAUUUAUGUAAACGGCAGUUUGACUUCGCCUGUGCUGGUAUUACAGAGACCAAUUUUCGUAAACUUGGGGAAAGAAGAUCCACCUGGCGCUGUAUUGACUGCAAAAAUGCCCAGUCUCCUGCAUCAACAUCUUAUAAUAAUCCUGGGAUAGCAGUGCGAUUGGAAGAAAUGCAGGCUACCCUAGUGAAUAUAACGCAGCAACUUGUACCCUUGGCGUCACUUAUUGAAGAUGUAAAGACCAUUAAGCUUGAAAUAUCGAAUCUUAAGAGCUCGGUUGAAUUUGCUCACCAAACUGCAAGCCAGUUGUCGGUGACAGUGAAGUCCCUGGAAUCCAGAAUUUCGCAAGUUGAGGAACACACCAAUUUGAUCCACAUUUUGGGAGCUGACCUUAAAAAGUUCAAAGAAGAUCUACAGGAUAAGGAACAAUGGGCGCGGGCCAAUAAUGUGGAAAUAAAAGGGAUUCCAGUGAAAAAGUCCGAGAACUUAUACGAUAUUGUGGAUAAUAUCAGUAAAGUUAUCCAGUGUUCUAUACGUAAAGAAGACAUCAAUUAUAUUGCCCGAGUCCCCAGCCUCAAAGCAGAGUCUCAAAAGUCCAUAAUCAUGGCGCUCAAUAAUCGUUACUGCAAGGAAGAGUUUGUAGCAGCUGCGCGUAAACAUAAGGAACUCAAAGUUUCUCAACUAGGAUACGCCGAUGAAGGCUAUGUUUACGUCAACGACCAUCUCACGCUAUUUAAUAAAGCUCUUCUUAAGAAGGCAAAGGAUCUGGCGAAAACAAAAAACUUCAAAUAUGUGUGGAUAAAACAUUGCAAGAUUCUGGCCCGAAAAUCCGACACAUCACCGACGUUCCGCAUAAAAUCAGAAAAAGAUCUUCUAAAAUUUUCAUAA